CUACGCUCCGCCAGCCUGCUGUGGUGGGUCAUGUGACAACGAGCCCCGCCGCUGAUAGGCCGAAUGGCACCCAGGGCCAGCCGUGAUUGACACUGGGCCGGAGCUGGCUCCUGGGCUGCCGCAGCCGGAGCUCGAGCGCCCGGGAGGGAGGGGGCAGCCGGAGAGGGCGGUGUCGGCGCGCGCUCGGCGCUGGGGAGCGCUGCCCCGGGCAGUUCUGUGGUUGCUGUUUCACCCGCCAGAGCCAAAGCUGUGUUAAGGUUCUAACUCUACCGAUCUUUGUGAAGGUUCCUCCGGAGCGGUGCUGGUCGUGUUGGCUUGCUGUCUGUGCUGCUGAGAUAAUGUAGCGGAAAUGAUAGCUGAGCCCAACACAGCCAGUAACCUUCCCAGCCAAAAUACAAGUCAACUGACUUCGUGUCCUGGCCACCGUAGUUUAAAAGGAGGCUAGAGCAGCCAGCUUCCAGUACUGGACCUGCUGCACAAGUGGGAUCCAGCUCGUCUGCUCAGACAUGACCUCUGGCAAAGCAUAUUGUUUGCACUGGGAAUCAUGAAAAGUGGCAUGAUUUCAUUGCAGAUAAAUGUAUGGCUUCAGACUUUCCCGAAGAGAGAAUGCUGUCCACGAUGAGAUUCUGCCUGAGUCUGCUGUGCGGAAUGGCAGCUGUGUGAGAAAUGGCAACCUGAGAACACCGAGAGAUAAACGGAAGGUCAGAGAACAGCAUGAAAACACAAGAAGUUCUUCCAGUAGCAGAAGAGUGAGCCGGCUGCAGAAUGGAGAAGUGGUCGAGGCAGUUACAUUGUUUGAAGUGGUUAGCAUGGGGAAGCAGGCCAUGCAGUGUGUAGUAGAUGACUGGGUUGAAGCUUAUAAACAAGACAGGAAUGUGGCACUUCUAGAUCUAAUCAACUUCUUCAUUCAGUGCUCAGGCUGUCAAGGCAUGGUAACAGCAGAGAUGUUUCAAAGUUUGCACAAGAAGGAUGUCAUGCAAAAAAUGACAGAGACCUUUGAUGAGGAAACUGGAUUGCAGUACAAGAAAUUCAUGGCUUAUCCUUGGAUCCUGACAGUUACUUGGCCAGUGGACAUGGACAAUGAAGACUACCCACUGAUCAGAACAGGACCUUAUUGGAAGAAGUUCAAGGCCAAUUUCUGUGAAUUUAUUGCAGUGCUUGUCCAACAGUGCCAAUGCAGCAUCUUAUAUGAUAGCUACUUGGUGGAUACUGUCAUCUCGCUGCUUACAGGCUUAGCAGACUCCAUGGUCAGAGCAUUUAGACACACAAGCACUUUGGCAGCAAUGAAACUUCUGACAGUGAUUGCAAGUGUACAUCUGAACCUUGACGUGAACAAGCACAAUGCUCAAAGAUUAUGUGAGGUGGAGAAGAGGAGGAGAAGUGGCAAGAGGACCAGUUACAGACUUGGCCGGCUAGAGAGAAAAAGGAAAGAGUGUGAGCAUAAGGUUCUGGAGAUGCAGAACAUGAUGAAUGCUCUUUUCAAAGGGAUAUUUCUAAACCGUUACCGUGAUGUGAUCCCUGAGAUCCGAGCAAUUUGCGUUGAAGAAGCAGGCAACUGGAUGAAAAUGUACCCAGAUGGUUUUUUAAAUGAUAGCUACUUAAAAUAUUUGGGGUGGAUGCUGUAUGAUAAGCAAGCUGAAGUGCGGUUGAAGUGUCUUCUGGGACUGCAAAGCAUUUAUGGAAGAAAAGAACUUGUUUCCAGGAUGGAUCUCUUUACUAGCAGAUUCAAGGAUCGAAUUGUGUCCAUGCCUCUGGACAAGGACCAUGAAGUAGCAGUUCAAGCCAUGAAACUCUUGAUGCUUAUGUCACAGAACUGUGAGAAUGUGCUGUCAGCUGAAGACUGUGAAAUGCUAUACCAGUUUGUUUAUGCCACACAUCGUCCGCUUGCAGCAGCAGCUGGGGAAUUCCUUUACAAGAGGCUGCUUAGUCAUGAGGGAGAUGAAGAAGUUAAGCCCAAAGGAGGAGGGAAAUUUGGGGCGAGUACUGACCCGUUGAAAAGAUUAAUAUGUUUUUUCCUGGAGAGUGAGCUACACAAACAUGUUGCAUACCUCAUAGACAGCUUGUGGGACUGGGCAGGCAAAUUCCUGAAGGACUGGGAGCGCAUGACCACUCUUCUACUAAAAAACACUGAAGAAGAUGGAGAAGCACUGAGUGAUGCCCAGGAAAGUGUUCUCAUUGAAAUUAUCCUCGCAACGGUUAGAGAAGCAGCUGAAGGUCAUCCUCCAGUGGGCAGAGGUGCAGCCAAAAAAAUUCUGUCAGUAAAAGAGAAGAAAAUACAAUUGGAAGAUUGUACCAAAAUUACUGAACACUUUAUUAUGGUGCUUCCUCAGCUCUUGGCAAAGUAUUCAACAGAUGCACAAAAAGUGGCAAAUCUUCUGCAGAUUCCUCAGUAUUAUGAUUUAGAUGUUUACACUACAGGACAUCUAGAGAAGCAUUUAGAUGAUUUGCUGAGAGAGAUGAAAGACAUUGUGACCAAACACUCUGAUGUGUCUGUUCUUGAGGCGUCCUCCAAGACUUAUCAUGUCCUCUGCAGUGAAGAAAUUGCCAUCUAUAGCCAAGCAGAUCAUGCUCGAACUCAACUGGUAGAUGAGUUGAUGGGACAGCUUAGCCAGAUACUAGAUGGCUUCUGGCAAAAGGAAGAAGGAAAUUGUAUGGAUGCAGGAGAAAUUUCUCGGAUGCACUCUGCUUUGAGAAGAGUAGCAGCUUUUCAUAAUGCCCAUGACCUUACCAAAUGGAAUCUGUAUGACAAGACUUCAAAGUUGCUGGUGUUUGAAAUGGAGCAUGGGAGUCUACCUGCUCUAAUGAUCCUGCCAGCUCUCCAGUGCACCUACUUUUCUCUUCUGUGGCAGCUAGCUGCAGUUUUGGAAAAGUCUCCCAAGGAGACUCUGUCUGUACUAAGAAGAGAGCUGAGAUGUUUCAGUCAGAUUUGCAUGUUCUUCCUCCACCAUAAGAACAAAGAUGUAAGAGAAAAGGCCUUCAUGAUACUCUGUGACUGGAUGCUGAUUUUGAGUCAUCAGGAUUCAAAUAAUAAUGGAGAAGCAAUUGGACUUAUGGGUUAUCUUCCUAGCACAUCACUUCAGGAAAAACUACUUGUGUUUAUCCAAGAGCAUGUUUUCAUGGAGGAAGGAGAGGAAGGCAAAGAAGAGGAGGAGAGAAAGGAUGAAAGUUGCAGACUUGACGACUUGCACAAAAAGCGGAGCCUGCUUGCAGCAUAUUGCAAGUUAAUAGUGUACAAUGUGGUAGAGAUGGCUGCGGCUGCUGAGAUCUAUAAGCAUUACAUGAAGACCUACAAUGAUUUUGGAGACAUAAUUAAAGAAACAUUAAGCAGGACAAGGCACAAUAACAAGAUUCAGAGUGCCAAGACAUUGAUUCUCUGCCUGCAGCAGCUGUUUCAGGCACAUGCAGAAAGCCAAGACAGCAAUGUGGACUUCUCCUCAGCUUCCUUCAUAAAUAUGAAAGAACUUGCUCGUCGCUUUUCACUAACGUUUGGCUGGGACCAAGUGAAAUCUAGAGACUCUGUAACCAUGAUACACAAGGAAGGGAUUGAAUUUGCUUUUCAAGGAGCUGCUGGAGGAGAUGGAAAAUGCUUGCCUCCUAACUUGAGCUUUCUGUUAAUCAUCGGUGAAUUUUCCAACAAGCUGCUAAAGCCAGACAAAAGACUAGUGUAUGCUUACUUACAGAGGUAUAUAAGAGCACCACUGCCUUACAGAGGAGAUGAAUGGCAUCCAUUGAUCUGGUACAGAAACUCUUUAUUGCUAAAUGAAGAUGAGGAGAGCUCUGUGAUCAGCAGUUCAGUAGAAUGUCCUGUGGGCACAUCUAAGAUGUCUUCUUUUAAGAGGAAAUUAUCUAAUGGGUCUUUGCCUGAAACCAGCCAGAAUGAAGCAGCAAGCAAGGCCCCGGACCUGCAGCAUGCUUCCCAGCUUGCCUCUGCAGCAGGGAAAAGCAGAAAGAGGCUGAAAUCUCAAGAGAUACACUUGCAGAAACAUUUGCCAUUUCCAUGUCCAGCAAGGCUGCAGAGAAGCUAUUGCAAAGACAAGAUUAAGACAGAAGAUAUCUCAGAGUUGGGUCCAGCAGAAGACACAACUGAAGAUGUGGAUAUUGAUGUGCUUGAUGCAGACCAGGACAGUUAAGACCCUGAGAGGGAAAAUGGAAGUGAAGAACACACUGCCAUUUUUGUGCCCCUGCAAAUUGUUUAACUGAAAAUGGGGCUGUCAUGGCACUAACCAAGGAAGAAGGAGAUUACAAGUCAAAUUCCUGCCUCUAGGCAUCCACCCCAGAACCUGUUACUGGCACCGUGGCUGUUUCUCCACAUUGCUGUUUGUGGGUGGUUUUGAUUUGUCUGUUGCACUUCUAAGGCUGUGGGUGUUAUGAACAUCAUUAUUCAGCUGCAUCCUUGUUUUUGAUGCUGUCUUGGAAAAAAUCCCAACCUAAGGACUGGAAUCAGGAUACUGACAACUAUUGAGUUAGAAACACCAGAGUAGAUGAGACAAGCUUGCUCAAAUCAGAGUGGGGACAGCAUUCUCUUGACUGUAUUCUUUGCCAUUUGAGGUAACCAAGGCCGAUAUCUAUUUAUUUCCUUGUACCUGAUGCCAGGGUCAAAGGACCCUACCCCAGCUGUGUACGCUGUGACCUGCUGGGUGGCAGAAAGGGACUUGGCAGUGCCAGUUGCUGCCUGUGAAAUGGAAAACAUGGAACAAAUAAUCCCAAAGUAAUUCUAUAAAUUCCAGUGUUUACAGAGGUGUGAUUCACGGCCUGUGAUGAUCAGGACAUUCCCAGGAAACGUUCAUCAGGGCUUCUAACGAAUGAAGAAGCAGUAAACUGCUUGUCUAAGUAUUUUCCUCCAGAAGAAAUCCUUCAUACGUAGCAAUCAUGUGGUAUUUACUUGGCAAACAAAAAGCCUGAAAAGACAAUGUAAAUAGAGUGUAAAUAUGACCCUUCAUAAGCAGUUUUUCCAUUAUGGAUUUGCAAAUGAUCCUCACUCAAGAGCGUUGCAGAGGCAGCAGGCUGGGGAGUGCUGGCUGCUUUCACUGACCCUUUGUCACUGCUCCAUGGAAUUGUACAUUGCUUUAAGACUAUCUGCUUAAUUUUUUAAACAUAUAUAUGUAUAUAUAUAUUUUGCAUUGUAGCUGUGUAAAAUAAAUGCAUAAGUACUGCUA